GUUCCUCACGCUGAGAACAAGGUUGCUCACGCUUAUGACAAGGUUCCUCACGCUGAGGACAAGGUUCCUCAUGCUGAGGACAAGGUUCCUCACGCUAAGGACAAGGUUCCUCACGCUGAGGACAAGGUUCCUGACGCUGAGGACAAGGUUACUCACGCUGAGGACAAG